AUGCAUGUUUUUCGUCUCAUCCUGCAGGAUGAAGAAACACGUAAAGAUUAUGACUACAUGUUGGAUCAUCCUGAAGAGUACUACAGGCAUUAUUAUCACUACUACAGCAGGAGAUUGGCACCUAAAGUGGAUGUCAGAAUAGUGAUUUUAGUUACGGUGUGUGCCAUCUCCAUGUUUCAGUUCUUCAGCUGGUGGAGUAGUUACAAUGAAGCUAUCAACUACCUAGCUACAGUGCCAAAAUACCGUAUACAGGCUACUGAGAUUGCCAGGCAGCAAGGCUUACUCAACAAGACUAAAGAAAAAGGCAAGAACAGGCGGUCUAAAGAAGAAAUUCGUGAAGAAGAGGAAGAAAUCAUAAAAGACAUUAUUAAAAAUAAAAUAGAUAUAAAAGGCGGUUAUCAGAAGCCCAAGAUAUAUGAUAUCCUUCUAUUUCAGAUCCUUCUUGCUCCUUUUUACUUGUGCAAAUACAUAGUUUGGUACUGUUGGUGGAUUUAUUGUUUCACUAUUAAAGGGCAAGAGUACGGUGUGGAAGAGAAGCUGUACAUCAUACGAAGGUACAUGAAAAUGUCUCAGUCUCAGUUUGACAGUCUAGAAGAUCACCAAAAAGAGACCUUUCUUGAACGGCAACUGUGGAUACGAGAAAACUAUGAGGUCUAUAAACGAGAACAAGAGGAGGAGUUAAAGAAGAAAAUGGCCAUGGAUCCCCGGUGGAAGAGGUAUCGCCGGUGGAUGAAAAAUGAAGGACCCGGAAGACUGACUUUUAUUGAUGAUUGAAAGUUGCUGAACAAAAUGUGUGCUAGUGUUGGAAGUGAUUUGCAAAACUUUUCACUACAUCAUUCAGAGUUUUGUCUGCUGUGGCUCCGCAGUGAUCUAAAACUCAGGAAUUAUUAAAUCAGGCCGAAAAAUAAUACAGGUUUACCAUUUUUAUAAAUCAGACCUAUUAAACAGGUUCAGCUCAAUGUAUAUAUACCAUUUACUUGGGGAUCUCAGUGUGGAAUUCAUUAUUCCAAACAAUGUAUUUUCUGUACGUAUUUCAUAUUCAUGAUCAAUGGAA